AUGGAUUAUAUCGCUACGAAUUCGGUGGCUUGCAACAAGGAAUUCGAUGCAGUUAUCGAAGACGGAGGUGAGAGAUGUGUGAGGUUGGAGGGAGGGAGGGGGGGGGGGUUCAGGCAAGGCUUGUAUCGCGAUUGCAUCGGAGAGCAAACAAGCGGGCGGGGUGUCGCCGUUCAAAUCAUAUUACCCCCGGGCCCGCAGCCCACCACCACACACGUCAUUUGUGAGUGCGUUUCUAUGGCGACGGCCCGGGCUGUGGGCCCAGAGCCGCGGGCCGGGCCGUGCAUGAUAUUAGUACGUGAGACUCAUCUCCGGCUAUUCAGAGAACGGGAGCGGCUCGCGCGGGAAAUUAAAAACUACACGGAAGGAUGUCCAGCAGCCGUCCCGCUACCACCCGGUCAUAACAUACCUAUAUCAUUAGAGAUGACGUGCUCACAGUGUUCUUAUAUGUAUAUAUUACACGUUAUAUGUUGCACCUCAUUAGAGAGCUUCCCAUGUGCCUACAUCCCCCCCCUCCCGGCCCCCUCCCGGCCGCCCCCCACACACCCCACCACUCACAUACAAAGGAGAGCAAUUCUUUUCCUGAGCUCGCAAACUUGGAUGGAUAAUUACAGUUAG